AUGGCAGAGGAAGUGAUGGCAAAUGAAGGACCACUACCUGAGACGAAAGUCAUGGUUGCCAUUGAAGAUAGUGAGUACAGUCACUAUGCUCUCAUGUGGGUUCUUGACAACCUUAAGGAAUCUAUCACUAGAUCACCUCUAGUUAUCUUCAGCGCACUGGCUCCUCCCAGUAACAAUUCUUUUACUGCUGCUGCUCUCGGUUCUGCUCGCAUGUACUGCUCUGUUUCAGCAAGUAAGUGUCCCUUUUUACAUAUAUAUAAUCUGAAAUUACAGAAUUUGAUUUCUUUUGGAUUUGUGAUUUUGGUUUUCGCGGAACCAAAGGAUAUUGUUGAGAAAUCAAAAGGAGAUUCUUAUUUCAUUCAAAUCCUGAGUGAACCAAAAGAUGUCCAUGGAGUUUGCAGAGUCCACAUAGAAAUGUUUUUUAAGACUAGAGGCCAGAGGGAUCCUUCAAAUCUACUAUUCCGUAAUCCUAGUGUGUUUUUGCCUCCGGAGUAUGCUUACACUGUCCAAGAGCAGCAAAAGAAGCUCGCGUUUGCUUUGCUGGAGAAAGCUAAAGAAAUAUGUGCUAGGCGAGGAGUUGAUGCAGUGACAUUCACGGAGGUGGGUGAUCCCCAAACAGUCAUAUGCAAAGUAGUUGAAAAGCUCAAUAUUAGCCUGCUUGUUUUAGGGGUGCGUGGCCUUGCUGAAGAAAAUGUGACGAGGAGCUAUCCUGGGAAGCGUGAGCAAUUACUGCCUUCACAAUGCAAAGUGCCCCGUUCUUGUCGUGAAGAAGCCAUGACAAAUGAAGUAUGCUAUGUGGCAACUUGGAAUUAG